GCCCCGUGGUCGGGCGGACGUAGCGAGAAGAACCUCGUAGGGGGGAGAAAAAGAUCCGAGGCGAAUAAUGUUGUUGUACUUGCUAGACGUAUUAUAUUAGUUUUUUUUAUCUCGUAUUCUUUAACACCAGGGCUAUUUGCCGUAGGCGAAGACCACCGUGGCAAUAUUGGCCCGAUUCUAGUCUUUGGAAGGGGGUGAAAAAAACAUUUAAACCACUGUUAAAAAAGUGCGAGAGAGUGUUGAAGGCAUACAUACAGUGCGCGUGUCUGCGCGAUUGGUUAAGGGUUGGGGAGUUGACAAAGACGACGACGACGACUACUACGACGAAGGUGGUGGUAGCCGUAGGAGUUGGCGGCCAGUGGUGGUUGUGUAGGUAGGGAAUCCGGUGACGGGUGAGUGGACGGUGACAAUUCGGCAUCGCGAUCGGUCGGUGGCAGAUCGUAGUUACAUCGUCAGCAAUGGUGGUGGUGGUGGCAUCAGUCGUCGUUCUGGGUAUGGGUUAACCUUCGACAGCUGACAAGUCGACCCACAGUAGCUGUGGCUCGUAGUUGUAGGGGGUGGUGGGUGUGUGUGAGAGCUUAUUAACUACUGCGACUAAACCAAACUGCACCAUCGAGCAUCGCGACGUGCUAGUUGAGUUGGUGGCCAAAGUGAGUUGCGAAUCGGUGAGCGAGCAGUGAUUGUUGUGUGGGCUACACAGGUGUCGUCGUCGUCUUGUCGAGGUGAUUGAAGCGAGUGGCGUGUGGGUUCGUUCCCUCCAUCAUCAUCAUCCUCCUCCCACGGGGCCCCCCCCCACACCACCCCGGGUCGAGGGUCGGGGCGCCCUGCGGCCUAGCGCGGGCUCCACUGGUGGCGAGGCUGCGCAGGAGGGAAAUCACGAAGAGGACGACGAGAUUGACGAGAGAGACGAGAGAGACUGACUGUGGUGUGUGUGUGUGUUGGGGGGAGACGUGGACUGCAGUGGGUGGUGGGGUGGGUGGGAAGUCGUCCAGCCGGCGGCCCGAACGCGUCGCUGAAGUUGUUGGUUAAGCGCCGCUUAAGUUGUUAGUCGGCGCUGCGCUUUGCGUGGCGAGUGAAGUCGAUGAUAAUAUACGUCUCGUAAACUAUAGCCCUCCUACACUAACUAACUAACUUCGACUACACGACCCCCAACGGGUUGUCGGGAAGAAGAGGAGGAGGAGGAGAAAUAUAUCCCGAGAGAAGCGUGAAUUGGUUGAGGUGGUUAAAAAGGUGUCAGUUUUGUUGCCAGAUAAAAGGGUAAAAAAAAACAAUUAUAUUUUGUUACUGGCAAAUGAGGUUCCAAUGGUGGUUGAGGUGACUCGAAGGGAAACAAGGCGGGGGUGAAGAGGAGGCAAAGUGAUCGCGGAUGAAGUGAAGAAACGAGAAGAGGUUAACAGGUGGGGAAGGACGGCAGAGGAGGAUAAAGAGACGUGAAAGCAUCGGAGGAAAUUAGAAAUGGACUAAAGAAGAGGUCGCAAUUCUUCAGGUGAAGGAAGAGGUGGUACUGGAGCUGUUCACGGCACCAGGAGGUGGAGGAGGACCGAGGAGGGGAGGCUUCGAUUCCAUUUCUACCACCGGGACGAAGAUUGACGAUCGACGGACAAGAGAUUUGGAAAGUGUCGGUGCCUCCAUGAUCGGAUUCCCAGCGAUCCGGAAAGAUAAUGGGGACUGAGGGCUCUGUGCAGCAGCAACAACAGUAUCCGGAGCCUCUAACCCAAAAGCAGUCCGAGUUGGUGAAGAGAGAAGAUAAAUUGCUGACGUGGGACACGAGGCCACUUUCCAACAUGGAUUUCCCCGAGGACCAGGGCUCGCCAGGGAGACCAGGCCAACAAAAGUCCGACGGUGGCACUGGGUCUUCGUGGGCUGAACUGGUUCAGGACAGCGAGGUGUCCUCCCUCUGCAUCCUGGAUGACGAAACCUCGGUGCCCGAGGAGCUCUUCAAGACGGUGGCCGAGUCCAUGGGGCUGUACAUGGCCGAUGGUGGGAACUUCGACCUGCUCGGCGACGGCUCUUCUCAGGACGUUGACGCAGCUAUUUUUCAGGGUGAGGACUUGCGCUCUUCACCCUCAAACCUUUCUCACGUUGGUCCACGGGUUAGCCCGUUCCCAAGUGUCAAGCCUGGCGACGACUCUGCUGGUGCUCAAGAGAGCAUGGCAAGCCCUGUUUCGACAGCUCUCGGAUCAAAGCCACAGCAACAACAACAGAAGCAGCAGCAGCAACAGCAGCAGCAGUCUCAGCAGCUUCAUCAGCAGUCAGCAAAUAUUUCUGUGAAACAGGAGAAACAGCAGCCGCAGCAACGUUCAGAAACACAUGUUUUGAUGAAACCAGAAGCUGACGUUGGAGCAGAUUGUAGCCACUUCUCUCAUGGAAACAUGCAGCCAAACAGGCCAAUUAAGGUGGAGCCCCAGUCGUUCGAGAGUCCGUCAGCAUAUGGGGGACCUCAGCUGAUGGGUUUUGAUUCGAAUUUACACACAUACGGGGACAUGGACUCCAGUGCGAGGCACACAGAAAGGGGGUCAUUUCCGGGUCCGUCCAGGGGUGACACCGCUGCGAGCCGUGCCAACGUCAAAGAGGAAGACUCUGGUUGUGAUUUACACAUCUGCACGCCGGGCGUGCUUAAGAGAGAGUUGGAUGAACUCAGUUACUGCGCCAUGAGUAUGAGCACAUCCGUGGCAGCGGGCUCCCCAUUCGGGGAAGGGGUGGAGUUUCAGUUGCCCUACUCUGCAUCUGCCACAUCCUUUCGUCCGUCCGUUGCCACCUCGUCCGCCUCGGGCAUCUCCAACUUUUCAAAUGGGAAUAAUUUUGGAUUCCUUUCUCCCAAUGGAGUACAACAGGAUGGAUUUCCUUACCCUGGUUUCACUAGUCCCGCACAGUCCUCAGUCCCUCCGCAGAAGGCCUGUCUCAUCUGUAGCGAUGAGGCUUCGGGCUGCCACUACGGAGUGCUCACCUGUGGAAGCUGCAAGGUGUUCUUCAAGCGUGCCGUGGAAGGUACGCGACAAGGACAGCACAAUUAUCUGUGCGCCGGCCGAAACGACUGCAUCAUUGACAAGAUCCGCCGCAAGAACUGCCCAGCUUGCCGUCUGCGCAAGUGCAUCCAGGCGGGAAUGACGCUAGGAGCACGCAAGCUUAAGAAGCAAGGCCGGGUAAAGGGAGAGAACCAGCGCAGUCCAGCGUCCUCCACAGCCACCACCUCGUCUGCCACCCCGCAACCCUCCAGCAACUCGACGGCCGUGGCCACGUUCUCGCCACCGCCGACCGGAGAGCCCAUCUUCUCGCCCACGCUCAUCGCCAUCCUGCAGGCGAUCGAGCCCGAGGUGGUCAUGUCCGGCUACGACAACACGCGGUCCCAGACCACCGCCUACAUGCUGUCGAGCCUCAACCGCCUCUGCGACAAGCAGCUCGUGUCCAUUGUCAAGUGGGCCAAGUCUCUACCAGGUUUCCGAAACCUGCACAUCGACGACCAGAUGGUGUUAAUCCAGUACUCAUGGAUGGGCCUGAUGUCAUUUGCCAUGAGCUGGAGGUCCUUCCAGCACACCAACAGCAAGCUGCUCUACUUUGCUCCUGAUCUGGUUUUUGAUGAGACACGCAUGCAGCAGUCGGCGAUGUAUGAAUUGUGCGUAGAAAUGAGGCAAGUCUCGGAGGACUUCAUGAAGUUGCAAGUCACUUCAGAGGAGUUUCUGUGCAUGAAAGCCAUCUUGCUCCUGAGUACUGUCCCACAAGAGGGCCUGAAGAGCCAGGGCUGUUUCGAGGAGAUGCGGAUCAGCUACAUCCGGGAAUUGAACCGGACCAUUGCGCGGACGGAGAAGAAUGCCGUGCAGUGUUGGCAGCGCUUCUACCAGCUCACCAAGCUGCUGGACUGCAUGCAGGAUCUCGUGAGCAAGCUCCUGGAGUUCUGCUUUGCAACCUUCACGCAGACGCAGGUGUGGAGCGUGGAGUUUCCUGACAUGAUGGCCGAGAUCAUCAGUGCGCAGCUGCCUCGAAUCAUGGCCGGAGAAGCCCGGGCACUCCACUUCCACAAGAAAUGAGUCACCCGUUUGUGGCUGGCAAAAGUGCUUGAUUGUCGGGGGGGGGGGGCGAGGAAAAAAAGGUGUCAGUUUUGGCUUGGCCCCCCCAGUGGCUCUUUGUAACCAGUCAGAACGUGCACUUCGAGAAAGAUCACAGCCCCAAUGAAUUAUCGGUGCAUGUCAUCUUGUUUUGGAGAUAUUGAGGCCUGCUGUCUGGCCAUAGUUUCCAAUAGAAAGCCAUCCCCAUGUUGCAAUUAUCCUUCAGCUUCAGAUGUAUCCUGUGACCCAAGCUCAAAACUAAUUUUGAAUGAACUUGAGCAUUUUCAGAAGCAACGUUUGCAGUAAGGGUUUUGUGAAUACCGGAAUAUAAAGCACCUUCAGUCUGCACCAUACAUGUUUCAGCAACAAGGGCACAUGCUUACAUUCUACCCGUUAAUUUUUCAAAGAAUUCAGAAUAGUGUUGGUUGUCCUGCAGAACUUUAUAAUACUGCCUUGUCCCUUUCUCUUUCCAUGAAAAUGGCCUUUCAAGAGACACAGUUUGUAUUUUUAGCUCCCAGCCCUUUUAAAGAGCAAAAUCCAACUGUUUAAACCCACAAGAGACUAUUCAUGCUAUCUUUUUUAGACUUGGCCUAGCUAAAUGGAUUAUCUUUAAUCGUCAACCAAAACUAAUCUUUAAUUCUGUUUGUUAUUAAUAUACAUGCCUCAAACGUAUUUUCAGAUGUAUACACUUUUCAUUGGCUACUUGGAUUGUGGCAUUUGCCUGUAAGGCUGUCUUGCUUUGGCCUAGGCCGCUUCCUGAGCAAGAACUUCUAUUCAUCGCGAAACACAGAUGGUAGCGGUAGUGCCCAGCAUCCACACAAUUUACAGCCGUGGCUCGAAAUGUUUCAAAGACAAAAAUAGGCAUCCCUGUAAAAAUAAACAACAAGCCAUUUGUCAUAAUGUACCUCUGUUUAAUUCAGAGUUCCCCGAUGAAAAAGAGAGCCCCCCCCCCCCUUACCUUGGGCAAUUGGUCGUCUAUAUGGCUGAUAUGAUGUGAAAUUUUAUGCAGUUCCAAUGAAGUGGCGUGCUGCAUUGAAGCACCACGCGGUAAUUAGUGAUUGGCUAAGCGCAGUGCUACAGUGGCGACGUUCGCCCUUCUUGUUGGAGAGGUCACCAUUUUAAUCGACUUAGUAUUUUUUUUUAGAUUGCACAGAUGUGCAUCAUGAGCCAUCACAAAUGUUUGAUUUGCAAGGUCUAAUGAGAAAACGACAUACUUGGUGAGGUCAUUCUCUCCAAGUGGUAGUUUGAAAUUCUGGAAUUGAAAUAGUAAAAAUAUAAAAUUCCGGUUACAUUAUAUAAUUAACAUGACAUGGGGAAAUCUCACAGGUUUUUUUAUUGUCAGUUUUUGUUUUAUUGGCAAAGCCGUGUAACAUUUUUACAUCGUGUCACCUGUAGUUACAGUGAUAUUGUAAAGAAACCGCAAGAUAAUUUGUCAUUGAGCACUUUGAAAAGUCAUUGUUCGGGCUAUCGAUUUGUCAAAGUCAGCCAAACACUAAAGAAAUACAUUGCAAGAUGGUCAGAAAGAUUAGGUUGUCUUUACUCUUGGUAGAACACUGGACACAAUAAUAGCGCUUGCUUGUGAAUUUCACAGGAAUUUUUUUUCUUUCGUUUUAACGGCUUGCCUCGGUAAUUAUAAUUUUUUUUUUAGAUUUACACACAUCGUCAUCCAUCGGUCAGAAUUCGAAGUCGAGUAAGGUGGCGGUGAGGUGCGUGACACGCUCGCAUCGUUCACGGCCGUGGCGGCGGACUUAUGGGUGCUUUUGGGUGUGGGACUGGAAUGUAGCUGAAAGGCAGCGGAUGAUUGUGAGGGCAUAGGCAAACAAUAUGGCAAGUCACGGCGAGGUACUGGAUCCACUUUUACAAUGUUGCAUGUUGUAACUAUGGCAAACUGUAGGACUCUGCUUUUGUCAACUUGUGAUGGAUCGUUAGCCCUAGUAAUCAUUAUCCUGAGUGAAAAGUCAAGAUGGUGUGUACAUUUUUUGUUUAUUAUAACAGGUCGAUCACAAUGUUAUAAUAGCGACACUAAGUACAGUUACGAGUCCAUCCUGCAUUCAUAACAUCUUACUAGUAGAGCAGGUGAGCUUCAGUGGCUUAAAAUAUAAUCCUUUCAUCUCCAUGGCUUUGCGGGUGCAGAAAACUAAAAACAGAAAAUGUAAGUCGCGUUCAUCAUCGUUAUAUCAUUUGUGAUUUUUUUAAAUUUUAUUUUUCGAUUAUUUCGUGCGCAAGAGGAGGGGAGGGGGGGUGGCAACAAGGCACUUCACUUGCUAGCGUGCGGGAAGAGCGACUGAAGAAAUCUCUUUGGGAUUUUUUUUUUGUAUUUAAUGAUUGUGGAGCACUACUUUUGCAAAAUUCUUGUUUGUGCAGCUGGGCAAUGGAGGCAGCACGCUUGAGCUUAAAAGAGAGAGGGUUUUUGGGAAAAGGGUGCCUUGCAUCGUGAGCGAUGGAGCGGGCACCUGCUGCUGUUGUUGUUUGUGCGUACAUGGCGAGAUCGCGAUACCUGAGCAAUCUCCCUUUUAGGUGUUGGUUCACUGAUUUCUCUCUCGUUUUUUUUCUCUCUCUCGUGAUGUUUCUCUUUUCUCUUUUUUUUUCUAAAAAAAAAAUGUUUUAUUCUGUUCGGUCAUUAAAUUAAAGUGUUGUCCAAAAAAAAAGUUUGUAAUUUAUAAGAGAAUUAACUCCAAAAUACUAACAGACGACAAUCAUAUUAAUAGAAUGUUUAAAACAUGUUAUUUUGUUUAAAAAAUAAAUAAACAAAGAAUAUAUAUGGUAUAGAGUUUUAUAUUUAAUAUAUAUAUUUGGCCAUCUUGCUAGGUAUUACACAGAAUGCACGUACGCAAUGGAGAACAUGGAUCGGCGCGGUCUUUGCUGCAUCACUUCACACUUAACGGCACCUGUUACUCAGCGACGGGGAAUAAAGGACCUCUCGCCAAUUACGUACCAAAUGUUGAAGAUCCUCAUUUUGUAUGUUUAAUAUACUCAUAAUUAUUGGUGGCAAGGUGGGUUUACUUUGUUUGGGUAACUGCCAUUUUAUUUUGUAUGUAAAUUUUUAAUUUACAGAUGCACAAAGAGUUAGUGUUCUGUGGGACGUGAGUUGGUCGAACACUUAAAGGGUAUGUGAAGUAAAAUGUACAAAUGUUGCAUGCCCGUAAUUUCACAUGCAAUGUUUUCUUCUUGGAUCUGAUUGUAUAUAAAGGAGAGAGGAGAGAGGGGGGGGGGGGGGAAGUGCAGCAUUAUGAGUAUGUCAAACAUCGAUUGUAUCGUUCAAGGCUAUAGAGAUGAAUGCGAGACGUCGUGAUUGGCAGCUGUGUUGACGUGAGGAGGGGGCGGGAGGGGGGUCAAAUGGUUAACGGCCAGAGAGAGAUGUGUGGUGGGUGCCGAACCAGGAGUUUGGGGUGGCGAAGGGUCUGGCGUGAGUGGGUUGCAGAGUGCGAGGUGCUGGGGGCGGAGGGGGUUGAAGUGGCGGUGGUGGUCCCCCCCCCUCCCCUCCCCCUGAGCGAUGGGUUUGGGGGGGGGUCACCGUGAAAUCUGUGUGGCUGUGGUUGCCCCAUCAAAGGUAUGGCUGUUAAAAAAAAGAGCCGUUUUCGGUAACCACUGGUACACAUUUUAAGGUUUUACAUUUUUACAGAUAUUGUACAGUGGAUGCUUCUUUUGGCCUAAGCAUGCUUCUAAUUUUUUGAGGAGAAAAAAAUGGACUAACUAAAUGAAUCGAUUAUUUACGGUGGUGCCUUGCAUAUUGGGAUAACAGAUGAAAAAGAUGUCAUAUUUUUGCUGUGAUUAUGUACGUUAAAAAAAGCACUUGCUAAGAUGUUAAGUUUUACUAUUUUCGUGUCGAGUACUUAAUGACCCUUAAUUUCCAAAGUACGUUUUUAUUUCUGAUGGUCUCAUAAUUCAGGCUGGCAACGAUAGUCUGAAGGUGGGCGACAUGGUAAUCGGACUCGACGUGUUCCUGCUAAUCACAAGGCUAAUUCCUGUAGGCUUUUUUUGUUUGCAUCUGCUCUGUAUACAAACUAUUAGUGAUAAAAAAAACCCUGUUAUUCUUUAUUUGACGUUGGUUUGUGCUUAUUUCACAUAUUAUAAGACACAUGCUGUGCAUAGCGUCAAACGUU